AUGUUUCUUCGAAAUUUCGUUAUUGUUCUUCAAAUAUCUCUUGUUGUAACUGAUUUCUCUUCUAGUUUCAAUCAGUUCGUUAUUGAAAAUUAUGGAAAGCAAAUAGCAGACCGUUUGGCUAGAAGAGAUAUUGGUUCACAUGGAAGCUAUGGUGGAGGGAAUCAUAAAGGAGGAACAAGAUCCGGAAAACAAGCCGUAAUACUUGUUCACGGUAUAGCAAACACCGCAGGGACUUUCGAUGGUUGGAGACGUCAUUUUUUGAGUGUAGGUUGGAAAGAUGCACACGUGUUCGGUACAACAUAUGGUGACGGUGGAAAAACUCCAGCACCUCUUUUCGAUAUGAAAUGUGCUUAUGUGAAACAGGUUCGGUAUAUGAUACAGUCGGUAGCUGCAUAUACAAGACGACAAGUAGACGUCAUUGGAUACUCGAUGGGCUCACCUGUAUCAAGAAAGGCAAUCUUAGGUGGGAACUGUGUCGACACAGGAGAAAGUUUAGGACCGCCACUAACAGGCAUAGUUGAUACAUUUGUUUCAGUAGCAGGCGCUAAUAGAGGAUCUUAUUUAUGCCUUCUUCCAUUCCCAGGGGCUUGUAAUCUUAUCACCGGUUUAUCGUGUGGAUCUAAAUUCCUGAUCGACAUAAAUAAACAACAUCACUACGAAGGAAGACGUGUAUACUCAAUAUACUCCCCGCAAGAUGACAAGGUUGGGCAUAAGAACGGUUGCGGUCAGCUAGCAUCAGAGAUAGUGGGAGCAGAUCAAGAGUUUGUCAGAAAAGGAAAUCAUGAUCAAGUAAUGAUUGACACAGCAAAACUACAAAUCAAUCUCGUAGAUAAACACUCCCCCGGGAACGCCUGA